UUGAUUGAAUGACUUAUGACCCCUUGCUGGAAUUAAUUAUUAAGAACUUCUAAUAAUGUAGCAUAAGACAGUGAAUAUUGUUGGACUCGACACCAAUGAAAAAAUGUUAUAUAUAAUCUUAAAUGACUCGAACUAUGUUUCAUGAACAUCCCAUCGUUUUAUAAAUGUCCAUGUUAUUCGUAUCGCAAAAAUGGUUCUGUCAAAAGUUUAAUGUAAAACAGAAACAUCCAUAGAUUGCUUAGUGAUGCAAAAUUUGAUGGCCCGAUUAAUAUGAUCAAAACGAGUUAAUAUAAACUUGUUCUUUAAAUGAUUUUAGAUGGGAUCCCACAAUGGAUAAUUUGCAGGUCACACCCCUGCAGGCCACAAAUAGUAAAACUUCUAGUCGCAGUGCUUCACCGUGUCGUUUAAGACAUGAAUCUCAUGAUGCACAUGUAUCACAUUUGUCUAGCCGGGAUGUGGACAUCAGCAUCGGAAGGGGUAGUGGAAGCAGUGGUUCCAGUAGUUUCAGAGGGCGACAGCGUUCACCUACUACUGGAAGAAGGGACGACGAGCUGACACUAACACCACAACGUACCAUGUCUGCUCAUCAUGGAUAUUCACAUGAGGAUUAUCAAGCCGCUCUAUUAGAUGCAGAGUAUUACCCUGAAUACUUGGCAUCAGCUUCUCUGCUCUCUAAUGGCAGUUCAGAACAUGUUGUUUCUUGUGAUGAAGGUGAUUCAAACCCUAUAAACAGAACACUUGUUGAAUUGCAAGAAAAAAUUAUUAAAACAAAGGGUUUGAUAAGACAAGAGCAAACCACAAGAGACGAUAAUGUUGAUGAAUACCUUAAAUUAGCUGCCAAUGCUGAUAAACAACAACUUCAGAGAAUAAAGGCAGUUUUUGAAAAGAAAAAUCAGAAAAGCGCUCAUUCUAUUGCACAAUUGCAAAAGAAACUUGAAAAUUAUACAAGACGAAUGAGGGAUGCACAAACUCAAGGAUCUCAUAAGCAGACAAGAGGGGUGCUUCGAGACAUGGGCCAAGGGCUAAAAAACGUUGGCGGAAAUAUCAGAGAUGGUAUUACUGGUUUCUCUGGUUCUGUGAUGUCUAAACCGAGGGAGUUUGCGCACCUCAUAAAAAACAAAUUUGGCAGUGCAGAUAAUAUCAAUCAAUUAACUUCAACCUGGUAUGUAGGGAAUGGUGCAGAAAACAGUGGCGGGGAAUCUAGUGGACAAGAGAAGGCGCAUCAUGGUUCUGCAACUUUGCCCGGUGGUUGUGCAUUAAAUUCUGGAGCUCCAAUGGGGCACUCUUCAAAUGCGAUCACCAACAAGUUUCCUAGUGAGGAAGGCAGUGAAUGCAGUAGUGUCACUUCUGAGAGCAUUCCUGGUUCAAGCACUUCGAACAGCAUAAAUAGUUUGAAACCAAUAUUUACAGAGUUGCAAGAGAGACGGGAAGAUUAUGAAAGGCUGAGGGAAAAAUUAGAUCGGUUUAGUGCCUUGCAACAAGAAGUACAAUUUAUAAGCAACGCACUUCAAGAAGAACGUUUCAAAUCAGAGCGACUUGAAGAACAAAUAAACGAUUUAACAGAGCUGCAUCAAAACGAAGUUGAAAAUUUGAAACAAGCAUUAGCCGAUAUGGAGGAGAAAGUGCAAUACCAAAGUGAGGAACGAUUACGAGAUAUUCAUGAGAUGCUAGAGCAUUGCCAAACCAAGAUAUGCAAAAUGGAGCAUCAAGCUUUACAGCAACAGCAGUAUGUCACACUGGAGGGUAUAGAUAAUUCUAAUGCACGGGCGCUGGUGGUAAAACUAAUAAAUGUUGUGUUGACUGUGUUACAAGUUAUAUUAUUAUUAGUAGCAACUGCCGCAGGGAUAACCAUGCCAUUUCUUAGAACUCGUGUGCGCAUUCUAACUACUGUUUUACUGAUAUUGCUGAUAGUGUUUGUGAUAAAACAGUGGCCCGAAGUGAAGGACAUAGGUGUACAUGUGAUGCGCCACCUUAAAGAAAUGCUCGACGUAAAGUAAACACUGAUAAACAUUAUCCCCUGGACAAUAAAUGGACUUACAUCAAUAUGCUCUCUUUAAAAUAUCAUAAUUAAUUGAACGGAACCCUAAAUUUGCAGUUAUAAGAAAAUGGAAACUUCAAAUACAUGAACAUCACUUUACUUAGCAUUUUUGGUAAAUAGAUACGUAGGUAAUAAGUAGGUAAAGUAUUGUGUAUAGAGCGACUGUAAUAAUGUAUAUUUAUCCGCUGCGUAUGUUUAGGAUUUUAUUAAAGGGAUACUGUAUAAUCAAAUUUUGAACCUGUAUAACAGAAUGUGAGCUUGUGAAUGAUUUGCUCAAGAUAUAAUUAAUAUGCACAUAAAAAUACUCACAAAAUGCACAUAAGAAAAUUGCUCUUUUUUAUAUCAAAGCAAUUAUUACUGGGGCCUGUGAUAAUCAGGCUUUGAGGUGAUUAAUAUUUCAUCUUUUAAAAUUGUUGUUGGUGUUUGAUAUGAAGGGCAAAUCAUUUUUCAACUUUUGUUUUGUGAUCAAUUGCAAAACAGAUAAUCAUUUUUUGUUAUAUAAAUUUCUACCAUGGACAUAGAUAUAUUAUACUGACUUACUAAAUAUCAGGUCAAUUAUAAUCUUUAAAAACUUUUAUAAACAGCUAAAUUUUUUUAUAGAUAUACCAAAUACAUUUUUGUGCUUUAACCUGGUUUA